CGUAGCAUUCAGACUCGGACUUGUAGAAAUCCAGCCCUAACCACCAGAUGGCCAACAGUGCACCGAAACAUCACAAAUAGGACGAACCAGCAGACUGACACCGUGUUCAUCCUCUUACCGUUAACUGCACCGGGUCAGUUUGAGCUGAUUCCUCAGAGGACGCAGCGACCGGGGGGGACACAGUUCUGCUAACUCACUGGAUGCUCUCGCUUAGGAUGGAGCUACCGUGCUGGUGCUUACUGUUGCUGAGCUGCCUGAAGUCGCUCUCAGCCCACAAUGACUUCUUCACCUCCAUAGGCCAGAUGACAGAUCUGUUAUACACAGAAAAAGACCUUGUCACCUCUUUAAAGGACUACAUCAGAGCGGAGGAGAACAAGCUUGAGCAGGUUAAACGAUGGGCUGAUAAGUUGGACUCAUUGACAGCCACAGCCACUCAAGACCCCGAGGGAUUCCUGGGGCACCCUGUGAAUGCCUUCAAACUGAUGAAGAGGCUGAACACAGAGUGGGGGGACCUGGAGAGCCUUGUCCUCAGUGACACCACUGAUGGAUUUAUUUCCAACCUGACCAUCCAGAGACAGCACUUCCCCACAGAUGAGGACCAGACUGGGGCUGCUAAAGCUCUGCUCCGGUUACAAGACACAUACAGACUGGAUGCCAACACCAUCUCUAUCGGAGAUCUACCUGGAGUGAAACACAAGAGCCUUAUGACAGUGGAGGACUGUUACGAGCUUGGGAAAAUCGCCUACUCUGAUGUUGAUUACUACCACACAGAGCUGUGGAUGGCCCAGGCCCUGAAACAGCUUGAUCAGGGAGAGGAGUCCACUUUAGAUAAGGUGACAGUGCUCGACUACCUCAGCUAUGCCAUCUACCAGCAGGGGGAGAUUGAUCGAGCCCUGGAGUACACCAAGAGGUUGCUUGAACUGGACCCGGAGCACCAGCGUGCCAAUGGCAACCUGAAGUACUUUGAGUUCCAGUUGGAGAAGCAGAGAAAGGCUGCGGAGGCUGAAGGUGAAAAACAGAAGGAGCGAGGGAAAAGAGAAACAAGUGAAAAAAAGAAGAAGCCCAAAAAGAAAGCCUCGAAUCAGCUGAUCCCAGAGAGGAAGAAGUAUGAGAUGCUUUGUCGUGGGGAGGGCAUCAGAAUGACCCCCCGAAGGGAGAGCCGACUGUUCUGUCGUUACUAUGACAACAAUCGCAAUCCCAUGUAUGUACUGGCACCUGUCAGACAGCAAGAUGAGUGGGACCGCCCCUACAUUGUCCGUUUCCUUGACAUCAUCUCAGACAAAGAAAUCGAGAGGGUCAAGCAGCUUGCAAAGCCAAGAUUAAGGCGAGCCACGGUGCAUGACCCCCAAACUGGGAAACUUACUACGGCCCAAUACAGAGUCUCCAAGAGUGCUUGGCUCACUGGCUAUGAAGACCCCAUGAUUGAAAAGAUCAACCAGAGAAUUGAAGAUCUCACGGGGCUGGAAAUGGACACUGCAGAAGAGCUGCAGGUUGCAAAUUAUGGUGUUGGAGGUCAAUAUGAACCUCACUUUGACUUUGGAAGGAAAGAUGAGCCUGAUGCCUUUAAAGAACUGGGCACUGGGAACCGCAUAGCAACAUGGCUUUUCUAUAUGAGCGAUGUGGCAGCAGGUGGAGCCACAGUAUUCCCAGAUGUUGGUGCAGCAGUUUGGCCCCAAAAGGGUACUGCAGUGUUCUGGUACAAUUUGUUUCCCAGUGGGGAGGGAGACUACAGCACCCGACAUGCAGCUUGCCCAGUGUUGGUGGGCAACAAGUGGGUAUCAAACAAAUGGAUCCAUGAACGAGGCCAGGAGUGGCGACGACCUUGUGCCCUAAAUGAAACUGAAUGAUGAAAAAAGAAAUCUCCUCAUCAUGUCCCUGCCCCUCUCUCCCCUUCCUUGUUACCAAAGAACGCUGCUGCGGAUCACAGAUGAUACAUAUGGAAACACAGAGUCCAAAUGGCUCACUCCCUCUCUACAAACACUCCUGUUUUUCUCAGCUGUUAUGCUCUGAGCCCAGAGAUUGUUUGGGUUAAUGUGGAGCCCCUGGACAGUAUUAGCAUUGCUGUGACUGAUAACAUGUUCUUAAGAUUGUUGUAUGGUUUUGAGAAACAAACACUCAUGCCCUCUUUCACUCCGAGGUUCUUUCUUUGCACUCUGUAUGAACUCUAGCUCUGUGGUGAGGUUAUCCUUCAGUAGUCACUAUAGGGACCAGCUUCCUCCCUGUCAUAAAGGGACAAAGGGAUAACCUUAAAAGGACGGGUCACAUUUUCACAGGCCUGUCUGAUUCAUUGAAUUUCUUUCAUUCCUUUAACAGCACACAUGGACCUGUGAUUUUUAUGAAAAUGAAAAGAUUUUUUAAACAGUAUAAAUCAAUAAAAAUUCACAGUGAUUGUAAACCAUUUAUCUGCAAAAUUACAUGCUCCACUUCAAAGCAGUGAAGUCAUUUUUUCAAACUAUUCUGAGGAACGUUUCCUAGCGUAUAACUUUGUAAUGAACUGGUGUACAAUAGGUUCACUGAUUUUCUGUCUUAAUUUACAUGGGGUAGCAAUCUCUGCUUCCAAUAACUUAGUAUUAAAAACCAACAUAAGGGCUAUGUGGAGGGAAUGAAAGGACUCACAGCACAUAAGAAAAUGGUAAAGAAAAAAAAGGAAAAAAAAAAGAAAGUAAAUCUGACCGAAGUCCAGAGUAGUAAUUUUGGUGAAAAAAAAAUGCUACAUCUAUGCAGCACAUUAUCACAUAUCAUACACCUUGUUAGGCUGCCUCGAGGCCAUACUGUUUUUUUAAUCAUUUGAAUGGUUACACUAUGACAUAUUUACAGAUUUGUUGUACUUGAACACACCAUGUGUACAAAUGCAUGGGCACACUUACACCUGGAUGUAGACACAGUUACAUACAUCCAAUAUGCUGCAUAGAAUUUAGUGUUAUAUUUCACAAACUUUAGUUGGUAUUUUGGUCAUCCUGAUUGUUGCAGUGUUGUGUAAGGACCUAAAACCAAUAGAACAUGAACAUCAGGGAAUGGAGGAGUAGACUUGAUACACUACAUUGUGCCAUAAUACCUUGUUUUUUAUGGAGCGAUUGAUUCUGGCAGGUUUGUAACAGUGUCCGUGGUGAGCAGUGCUUUUCAGUGUGAGAAUAUAUGGGUUUUUCAAGGAAGAAGCAUUUUAUUUAUAUGUCCCAAGCCUAUUUUGUGUGUUUUUGUCUUUUAUGAAAGUCUGAAAUUGUUUUUUUUUCCUACAAUAAAGACUGGUUUGUUGAUCUCAA